GAAUGUAGAUAGAGAUAUCAUCUCGUCAAAUAUUACAAACACUUUCUCUCUCCUCUCCUCCCUCUCUCUCUAACGCCUCCUCAUGAUAUUCUUCUUCCACACGAAACGUCGUCGUAUGUUCCUUCCUCCUCUGCCACUUCCUCUUUCCCUUCCUCAUCAUCUCUCCCUACACUCGUUCCUUUAAUGAUCGAUUUCUUCUUCAGCUUCAAAACCCUAGAAUCUCUCUCCCCUCUCGCCCUCUCUCUCUAAUUCUCAAUUCAUGGAGGGCUCUGUGUCCGAUGAUCUCGGAGCACCGGAAUCAUGGGAGGUCGCCGAUUUGGACGCCACCAUGACCCGAUUGGGCCUCUCCUCUUCCUCUUCGAUCCUCGAUUCGAACUCCCGCCGUCAGCUCACUGAGUCCGGUUCGAAUUCGAAUUCCUUGGCGUCUUCUUCGUCACUUGAUAAAGUCUCCGACGACGUUCUUAAUCAAGUUGAUCAGUUCCUUCGCGAAGCCCUGCAAAACCCUCGCGAACGCCUUUCCAUUCUGCGGAUGGAGCAAGAUGUUGAAAAGUUCAUUCGCGAUCCUGCUCAACAGCAAUUAGAGUUUCAGCAGCUGCCUACUUCGUAUUUACGCUUGGCUGCUCACCGGGUGGCACAACAUUACUCAUUGCAGUCAAUGGUUUUGUUAGACAAUAAUUUACCUGAUGGUUCUGGUUCCAGAAUCAUUGUCCGAAAGACUUCUGAGUGUAGGCUUCCAGUGAUUCGCUUGGCAGACAUCCCUGUAAAUUUACCAUCAGAUGAAAGUGGUGGGGCUGUUAAGGUUGCAAUUAAACAAAGGCCACUAAAGAAAUCACAGACUGGCGGCAACUCAAAUUCAAAUUCGUUAAAGUCCAAUAGUUCAAAAAGUGUGGAGGAAAGAAAAGAAGAAUAUAAUAGGGCCCGUGCACGGAUAUUUAACUCUAAUAAUUUCAGUGGUGGUGAUAGUAGAAAACCUGAGAAUGAAACAAAGUUGCCUGAUGGUCCCUUGGGAAUGUCUAAGAUGGAAGAAAAAUCUGUUUCUGGAGCUUCUGAUAUAAGUUCUGGUAGAGGUUCGGUUGAUUCUUCUAUUGGUAGAGGUUCGGUUGAUUCUUCUACUGGUAGAGGUUCGGUUGAUUCUUCUGCUGGUAGAGGUUCGGUUGAUUCUUCUACUGGUAGAGGUUUGGUUGAUUCUUCUACUGGUAGAGGUUCGGUUGAUUCUUCUACUGGUAGAGGUUUGGUUGACUCUUCUACUGGUAGAGGUUUGGUUGACUCUUCUACUGGUAGAGGUUUGGUUGAUUCUUCUACAAGUAGCAGUAGACCAGCUAGAAGUAGGACAGAGAAAGAGCCAGUUGGUAGGUAUAAACCAAAUAAUAAUAGGGUGGCUAUCUUUCGGGAUCGUGAAAUUGACCGCAAGGACCCUGAUUAUGACAGAAGCUAUGACAGGUAUAUGCAAAGAUUUGAUCCUGGGUUUGGGUUCAAUAGUGCACCAUAUUCCAUACAGCCUAUGUACGCCCCUGCUUUGAACUAUAACACUGAGUUUCCUCAGCUUGGAUCUGCCCAUAGGCCUCAGAUUUCUACUGAGCACCAACCUCGUCCACUUCCUCAACAUCUUCCUGGGCCAUGGGCUGCAGCUUCAACACCUGCAGGACUUAGGUAUGGUCAUCCAGAAACAAUGAUGGCACCAUUUAGUCCAAAUCAUGUUGGUGCACACUCUGCAUCUGCCAUAUAUAUGCAUUCUUCACAGUAUCCUUGUCAACGCCCUGGAAUGCCUUUCAUCCAUCCUCAUGAACAUCUUCAUCAACCUUUUUCACAGUCUCAACAGCAACCUGAUGCAACUUUUGGAUUAGCCCGGCCCCGAUGAGGGGCUUGGGCCAUGCCUGCGCCCUGCCAACUGGUACUCGAGCUUGAAUUAUGAUGGGCUGACACUGGAAUAGGAUAUCCAAGUUGGCAGGAGUGCAGGCAUAGAGAGCCGAGGUGGACUGGGGUGGAAAUGUUUUUUAAUGGACUGCCACUGAUCCAUUCUGCCAUUCUCGGUUUCUCACAUGGAGGUCGCAUCCGUACUGAAGGAUGACAAAGCUCCAUGGCUUGAAAGAUCCAUUAUUUUGGAUGAUUAGUGAGCUCUAUUAUCUGCACCAAUGAUGGUGAAUGGAGCUAAGAUCAGUACUGUGGUAGCUUGUAACAUGUGCACUGAAUUGAAAUGAAGCAUUACGAGCAGCGAAAAAGAGAAUAUGGUUUAAGGAUUUUUGUGUGGGAGCUGGAAGUUGUAUUUGGGUUGUAGGAAGUUUGAUUUGGUGCCAUAUUCG